AUGAGGGAGACCAGGAGGAGCGGUCAGGGGCGGAAGGAUGUGGUUUCUACACUGAAUGUUCAGCACGAUUGCCACAAGGGCCAAUGCUCAAUUGACUUGACAAAGAAAAAGAAGUUGGAGCAGGAAGCCAUUGGUCGUUAUGUGGGCGAAGUGACACACACAGAUAACAUCAACUACAUUGUGAAUUUGGCUUCGUUGUCUUCUGUGGAUGCUCACAGGAACUAUUCUGGGGUAACGGUGGAGGCAGUUGACUGUAAGGAACAACUCAGAGGGGUGCAUGAGGGAUUGGCUCAAUGGCAUCUUGCAGGUACCAAAACUGGACCACCGGAGCCGCCUGUGGUUGUUGAUCCUUCCCUGCUCUGA